AUGGCACCUAUGAAUGAUCAAGAGCUCCAAAUACUUAAUAUGGAGCCUGUUAACCCUACAAACACCCCCGUCUCACCACCUGCUACCAGUGUGAUCGACCAUCACGCAAACUCAGACGACCUAGUUCUGAUUCACGGCCUCUCGGAUACAGUUGCUACAUCAGAGGACAUUACCCCUGCGGACGAUAAUGACUCUUCAGAACAGAUCUCUAUUCCGAAUAAUUCAAAUAUAAGGGAUAGCUGUAUCGUACAUCGAUCGGAACAGAAAGGGAUAGACACAAAAGCCGUCGGUUUCUAUCCCGUAUGCAAAGCGUGGGCUCUUGAAAUUGCCUCUAUCGUUCUCGGGAUGUUAGCCUUGGUUGCAAUAAUUGUGAUUCUUGCACAGUUCAAUAACAGAAACCUCCCAAAUUGGCCACUAUCCAUUACGCUGAACACUCUGGUCGCCUUCUUAGCGACGAUUUCAAAAGCAGCUAUUUUAGUCCCAGUAUCUAUGGCGUUAAGUCAGUCGCAAUGGGGCUGGUUCCAACAGGAGCGGCCACUUUAUGAUUUCCAUGUUUUCGACCAGGCCAGCAGAGGGGUCUGGGGCUCCCUCUUGUUUCUAAGACGAAUUCACUUCCAGCAUUUUGCUAGUAUUGGGGCAGUUCUCAUGGUCACGAGCCUACUGACAUCCCCUAUCACUCAACUUUCAAUCAGCUACCCCGUUCGAAGUGUGGCUGUUCAAGGAGAAGCAAACACGGGAAUUAUCCAAUCAAUUUUCUAUUCAGAAAACGGGAUGAAGACGGACGAUGUGUCUCGGGCGAUUAAUUUGGCAAUAUCCUUGGAUACUGACGGCCACUUUUCGACUCCUAGUGGGAUCAAAGGAGCUUCAUGCUCCACGGGGAACUGCACAUUUGAAACCUAUCACUCGCUCGGUGUUUGCUUGAAAGUGGCCAAUAUCUCAUCCGACUUGCGCAUUGAGCAAGUCCAAGAUAAUGAACCAUCGGGUAUACCGUUACUCGAUAAAGGCUUUGGCUACGGGCCCCUUCUAAGCCCUGGUAACAAGGUCUGGAAGGUGUCUCUUCCUGGUGGCCCGGCUCUAGCAGGCCAAUAUGGGUUUUCUAUGUUUGUAGAUGCUCUGAACGGAAAUACAAGUAUCGGUUUCCAAACAAGCAGUGAUCUACUACGAACCAGACUUCUGUCUGUCGUACUUAUCUUCACGAAGCCAAUUCUGAGCAAUUCGUCACUGGCGGACCCGAUACCCCGAGACGUGAGAAUCCUUGUUAACGCAACCAUAGGUAUUCAGUAUGAGGCUUUGGAGUUUCUUUUCCAUCUCUGCGUUCAAUCAUACGACACAAGUAUCAAUAUGGGUAAGGAAAAUACUAGGUUGAGGGACUCCAUAGCCCAACCAUUCGAACAUAGACCUGGAACAUUCUUAGAUCUCAACUGCAGCUCAGUUCUAGAUGAAUUUCCUUUAGAAUGUCUGUCUAGGGAGGAACGGGCGAAUGAAACAAUGUACUUGAUGCCUCCUUAUCCUAACACCGAGGGCGUCAAUGCUUCUGUUGAAGAUAAGACAUUCGGAAUUGAUUACUAUACCAUGGAAGAAAUAGCAACAGCCAUGAUACCUGAGUUACAAACCUAUCAAGGCGUGUCUGAUUCCCCUUCAGAAGAUCCUAUCCGUAUGGGGUAUGGCUACCUUUUCGGGGUUCAGCUCUUCACCAGAGCAAUCUUCUCAUCUGAUGGGUUAAGGAAUGCUUCAGAACGAGACAACCGGAUCUUCAAUAUUUUCACAAAUGUUGCUACUCUCCUUUCAUCACAUAUGCGCACUGCUCCUCCCCCUGGUUCUGACAUAAGAUUCAUGAAUUUCACCGGCCAGGCUUGGAGAGACGAAUCUUAUGUGCUUAUCAAUUGGGGCUGGAUUUCAUUCCUGGCUUGCGAACUCGUGAUUUCAGCUAGCUUCUUGCUCCUCACCAUCAUGUCCCAAUCGUCACAGCAACGUCGCUACUACGGAAAGAGUCCUCUGUUAUACGAGGACUCUAAAGACUCAUCACUUGCUACGCUUGUCGCCCUAAGUGGCCGUUGUCGUGAUAUGGUGGGUGGAGGGCUGAGGCCUAUGAAUGAGCUCGAGAUUGCUACAAAAGGGCUACUGGUCAAGCUUGACGGCAACGAAGUUACUCCUGCCGAACCAUGCUAA